AUGUGUCACAAUGGCCCAACAUCGAGAAGAUGUCGCGGCCAGCAUGUCUGGACGUUGAGCACAACUGUGAUUGAUCACAGCCUACAGUCCAGUGACCUCAGAGAGGAAGAGGUCUAUGUCGCCGACGAGACAGGUGUGCAAGUUCACUUUUCCCAAGCCAUUGGCCAAGGUUCUUGGUGCAACCUUGAGGGCAACGAAGGUGGACAUUCGGUUUGGGACCACAAGUCAGCUGGUGCCGGUUACAGCAAAAUCCCAGAUCUGACUGUCACAGGGCGGCUGCCUUAUCUCUCCUAG